AUGUCGGACAAGGCUGCGGCGUUCGUCAAGGAAAUCACUCCCAGGUCGGAAGACUUCUCGCGCUGGUACACGGAUGUCAUUCGACGCGCCGAGUUGGCCGACUAUUCGCCGGUAAAAGGCAGCAUGGUGAUUCGCCCCUACGGCUAUGCCAUGUGGGAGCUGAUGCAGCAAGCGCUGGACCGCCGCAUCAAGGAAACGGGCCACGUCAACGCGUACUUCCCGUUGUUAAUCCCGGAGGGACUGCUCGAGAAGGAGGCGGCGCACGUCGAAGGGUUCGCACCGCAGGUGGCCUGGGUCACGCACGGCGGUGACGAGAAGCUGGAAGAACGGCUCGUGGUGCGCCCGACGUCGGAGGCGAUCAUCUGCACGAUGUACUCGAAGUGGAUCCAGUCGUGGCGCGACCUGCCCGUGUUGAUCAACCAGUGGGCGAACGUCGUGCGCUGGGAGAAGGUGACCCGUCUGUUCCUUCGCACGACGGAGUUUUUGUGGCAGGAGGGACACACCGUCCACGAGACCGAAGAGGAAGCACAGAAAGAGACGCUGAAGAUGCUCGGGGUCUACAAGGAGUUCGCCGAGACCGAGCUGGCGAUGCCGGUGCUCGCGGGUCAGAAAACCGAGAGCGAGAAAUUCGCGGGGGCCGCGAAAACCUAUUCGAUCGAGGCGCUCAUGGGCGAUGGCCGCGCGCUGCAGGCGGCCACGUCACACAAUCUCGGACAGAACUUCGCCAAGGUGUUCGACAUCACGUUCCAGGGACGCGACAAGACGGUGCAGUACGGCUGGCAAACGUCGUGGGGUGCGACCACGCGUCUGAUCGGUGGCGUCAUCAUGAUGCACGGCGAUGACAGCGGGCUCAUUCUGCCGCCACGCAUUGCGCCCGUAUCAGGUAGUGAUGGUCCCCAUUCCUCGCGGUGA